UAUGCAUCGGGGGGGCCAAAUUAGGAGAUAAAUAAAAGGGGGCGGAAAACAAGAUUUAUUCAUCUCUCUGCUCCUUUUUAUUUCAAUGUUGUUUUGUUUUGUCAUCUCAACGAGCAAUCUUUUCACUCAGUCUGUAAUUUAGCGCGUGACGUCAUGUGCGAGUCCCACCGUCUGCCAGGUGGGAUGACUCCCUCCUCCCUCCUCCCAAAAGCUUUGAAUGCAGUCACACCCAUUUCUACCAUAUAGUCAUAGAAUAGUGGAGCCAUAAAGAGCUGGGUUGUACUUCUGCACAGCAAGGAGAGACUAGAAAUGAGACCAGUUGAAUAAGGUGACGGCGUCAUUGCGGAGAUGAGCACGUGACCUAUUGCCUGGCGGGGAAGUCAUCAUGGAAGGAGUUGGCGUCACUGUCUUCGUCACCAUUCAGAAGGUCUAUUACCCACUGCUUUGCAUCAUGGGUAUUCCAGCAAACCUCUUCACCUUCUACAUGAUCCGCUUCCGAAAAUGCGGCAUGUCUGACACUGCCGUGGUGUAUCUCAGCUGCCUCGCUAUUGCGGACACCUUCUACCUGGUGUGGGUGAUCCUUAUUGACCUGACCCUUACCUUCUGGCUGCCGCAGCCCUUCUGGCACUCCCACCCGUGGUGCGGCAUCCUGGGCUUCCUGCAGUACGGCUCCCUCUGCAGUUCGUCGUGGAUUGUGGUGGUGUUCGCCAUCGAGCGCUACCGGGUCCUUCGCAGCACGGCGGCCAAGCAGCACUUCUCACAGGCGAGGGUCACGAAAGUGAUCUGCGCGGCCAUCGUCGCGGCGUCCCACUUGGCGUCGGUGCCGCUAGGCUGGAUCAAUGUCGUUACGUCCGCCAACAUUACGGUAGCUGGAGAAAACGUGACGCUGCCUCGAUGUCGAUACCGGGAGGAGUUCUACGCCACUGUCAUUGUGUGGGUAACCGCCUUUCUCUCAGGAGGUGUCCCCGUAGCGCUGGUUAUUAUCUUCAAUUACCUCAUCGGGCAUCAUCUGUGCCGCGCCAGUAACUUGUUCACCGAGGAGGAGCGUCGCGUAAUGCACGGACGCAGCACAAGGGGCAUGUUGAGAAGGACCCUCUUCCUGCUGGGGACGGUCUCUCUGGCCUUUGUGGUGCUCAGCCUGCCUCGCUUUGUCACAUACUGCAUCCUGAGGACCAAGUACAACACGGGGAACUUUAACAGAAAUGACUACGGAGUCCCCAUCAACGUCGCCGGUGACUUGGCUAACAUGCUCCAGAAUCUGAACUCCACCACAAACUUCUUGCUCUACUGUAUGGUCAGCGGCCGCUUCCGACAGGAACUGCUUCGGGCGGUGACUUGUCGAGCCGUGACUGCAGAAGCUUCCUCCUUUCUCACACACGCCGUGAAAGUCUUCUCGGUGUCAGAGCACAAGGCCGCGUCGUCCCCGCCACUGUGAUGUUUACCUGUCUCAGACCAGUCGAGUCGAGGGGAACACAAAUGUAUCGAUGAAUAUCGGACGACAAAAUGGGCUUGUUUGGGCGAGACCUGUAAUAUUCCCGACUCCCUCUUGUGUUCAUGCAUGGUUGUAAAAUGACUAACUUUAAAAAAAACAAAAACAUGGAAUUAAUAAACUGCUACUGU